AAAUUCUAGCCAGCAGCCACUCUGCUCACGUCUGUCUUUGCCGUUAGCUACCUUCUGUAGCGUUUAAUGAUUGCAUCGUUUCACAGUAUCCUGAACAUAUAUGUCUUUUUUACAAUUGCAGUAACCUCUGUGUCGUUUUUAUUACAAACUCAUUGCGUUGUAAAAAAAAAAUAUUCGAAAUUCAAGUUACCUAAUCUAUCGAUUGUUUCGGGGAUUGUACAUGAAUAUCUAGCUAGCUAGCUAGCCUGCUAGCUACAACAGUCAAAAUGGCGGACAACGAGGAUGAGAGCGAUGUGUCAAGUACAACAACAGGGGCAGAUCAUGGUACAAUAUAUGAAGUUCAAUGUGUUUCUGGAUUGACUGGAAAUGAAACCUCUACAGAAUUGGAAAACCAGAACCAAGUCGGCGAGAAAUGUAUUGAAGCGCAGGGCUUGACAGAUUUCCUGCAAAGCUGCACAAAAGAGGAGACAUUCGUUGCAAAGGACUCCCAAGUGGUUGUCAGCCAAACUGAUGGAAAUGAACAACAACCUGAAGAAAACAUAACGUCUAUUGUUGAGACUUCAGGUAUUGCAAAUGGUGCAGAGUAUUCUACAGUCAGUGCUGACUUUGUAAACGCUCUCGCACCUGGAACCACCAUUAUUUAUGUGCAACCGGAUGGUAGUUUUGUUGAGGGAUCAGGUCUGACUGCAGAGGAGCAGCAACAGCUAGUGGAGCAGUUGGCCAAACAGCAGCUUGUCACAGUGACAGAGAGUGAGGCUGUUCGCCUGUUUGAACAAAAUCAAGUCAUCAAAACACUCCCUACUACUUCAUCACAGACACAGUAUACUAUUCCAAAUACAGCACUGGCUCCCAAUGAGCUGCAACAAGUGCUAGAGCAAGUGAUCAAAUCUCAGCAAUCCAUGGCCCAGACACCCAAGGAAUCGGAGCAGGUUGUGACCACUCUGGACCCCACAACUGGCUUGUUCACGACUGUUGCAGCUUCAGAGAUUACAGUAGGAAGCCCACAUCCACUGGUCACAAUGCAGAAUGCAUCACAGCAGCUGAAGAAGGUUGCGAAACAAGUGGCACUUCAGUCCCACAAUGGUACGCGCCUGGUCCCGAAAAAGCAGGAAACCAUCAGAAUCCAAGUCCAGAUGCCCUCUGGAAAGCCGGAGGUGAAAGGACCUACGCAGGCUACCAUUUCAAUCCCCCAACAGAAGAACUUGGCUUUGACGAGUCAAGGCCAGCAGGUCAAAGUGUCUACAAACGGCAGUGUGAGCAGCAGCCCCCAGAUCAUCCACAUCACACCAAUGGUUGGACAGCAACAGUACUUCCUACAGCAGAACCCUGGAGACCCUCCCAUUCAGCUGCUUCUGCAGAGUUCAACCCCUGUGGUUGGCAGCCUGGUACCCAUUGUGCAUAAACUGCCCAUACCUGUUCAGACCCCAGUCCAGCAGCCUUCUGGUAAGGCCCCGGUCAAUGGCACAGCAGUUAAACCUGCAACUGCUGCUGCCACCACGUCUGUCUCUGUCCCAGCCUCCACAGUGGAAAAAGUUAAAAGGGUCAAAGCCAGAGUGAAGAAGGCACCGAAUAUCAAAACGCGUUCCGGGAGGGUGUCCAGGCCGCCCAAGUACAAGGUGAAGGACUAUAAGUUCAUCAAGACAGAGGAUUUGGCCGAGGGCCAUCAGUCAGAUUCUGAUGAUUACUCUGAGAUCAGUGUGGAGGAAGACGAGGAUGGCGAGGAUAGUAAAAAGGGAGCAGCAUCUAUGAGUUACAGUCACAAGCGGAAGGCCUUUCAAUGUGAAACGUGCGAUAAAGCUUACAUAGGCCACGGAGGUCUGUCCAGACACUACAGGCUGAAUCCCUCUCACGGUGAACUGAAGUCCCCUCCUGAAGGGACCCCUAAAACGGACAGCCCUGGUAAGAGAGCAGGCGCUGGGGCCGAACAUAAGAAGCCGACUGAAGAGAGUAAUGCCCACAGUGUUAAAAAUACAUCAGGUCCUGAGAAAAGUGAUGCCACAGAGAAAACAGCUGCUGCAACGUCAACCACUCAACAAAAAGUGGAUACCACGGCAGCCCAAGGAGUAGCAGCUUCUACCAGACAGGCAGUGGGCCAGGUAGUGGUCCAGGCUCGGGGACCAGGGAGGCCCAGAGGACGGGGCAGACCACCUACCAAAGGCCUGCCGACGGUGGCAGCACACCCAGCAGUGAGACGGGGGCGACGGGGCCGACCCCCAAAGCUAGGAGGGGGAGUAGCCAGUGUGGAGCAGCAGGCCCAGAGAAGGAAAGCACGGCUGAAAGAGGUGACACACGAGUGUGAUAAUGAAGAACUGAUGGAGACUGUGCUCCCUCGUCUGGCCAAGGUCAUGACUGUCUGGGAGUUCCUCUUGAUGAAGGUGGAGAAGGGGCGGCAACCCAAAGCCCAGUUCUCGGAUGUCUACCGGGAGUUUGAGCAGCUCCACAGCCAGGUGAAGAAGAUGGCCCAGGACUAUAUCAGUAACCCUCAGCAGGGUGUCCACACGGCCUUGGAGGUCCACAAUGUAGAUGUUGCCAAAUCUCUUGGCAUCGUCGAUGAGGUGAACCGGUUGAAAGUCCUCAACCCUCCAACGCAGCAGAAUGUCACCAACAUGGCAACCAAGAAUGUCCGCUACAUGGAGAAUUCUAAAAUGUUACCUCCAACGAAGAGAUUUAAAAUGGAAAACCGGGUUGGUGUUCAAAUCCAUCAGAACGGCAUUGAGACUUCCAAAAUAGAAUCCAGUGAGGCCAAAGUAGAGAACACCGCAUCAACAAGCAUGAAGGACAAUUCACCACAAACUCAGGCACCCACCAAGAGCCCCGCGGGCCCUCAAGCCACUCAGACUGCUAUUGUCAAACCACAGGUUGUCUCAUCUAACCCAGAGACGAACGUAACACCCAUGGAACUGAUCCAGGAUCACUUAUCCAACAGCAUGACAGAGUCGAUUGACUCAGCAGGAGGAGAGGAGAACAUGGAGACAGGUCAGGGUGCGUCUGGUACGGAACCAACCGCGGUCCUGAGCAUCAGUGACAUGGGCCCUCAAGCCACUCAGACUGCUAUUGUCAAACCACAGGUUGUCUCAUCUAACCCAGAGACGAACGUAACACCCAUGGAACUGAUCCAGGAUCACUUAUCCAACAGCAUGACAGAGACUGUUGACUCAGCGGGAGGAGAGGCCAUGGAGACUUGUCAGGGUGCGUCUGGUACGGAACCAACCGAGGUCCUGAGCACCACUGACAUAGCAGAUCAGAUGAAAGAGUUAGAGAAGGCCUUGGCCACAGACCCAGUUCCAGUAGAUCAGCAGCCCAGGAGUAGUAGCACUCAGCCUCAUCAGCCCAACCGUACCCUGGUCCAGCAGAGUGGCCUGACCCAGGCUGCCUCCACCUCCAGUGGAGGCCAGGUAGUGGUUCAGGAGACCCAGGAAGGCCAGGAGAUCUACAUCCAGACCGAGGGGCUCACCAUGCACCUAGCAGAGGGCCAGGAGGGCGACAUGGCCUCUGAGCGCAUCGUCAUCGUCAACGGGCCUGACGGCACCACCAUGCACAUCCGCGCCCCUGAAGGAGUCCCUCUGGAAGCAGUCCAUGCCCUGCUUGGUAUUGAGGCUGAGGGGAAAACACAGCAGUGAUUUAUUGUUUCUCCAUAUACGACCCCCCUCAACUUCACCCAUAUUGAUUUCUUACUUCUGGUGGAUUUUAUUGUAUUCCAAGUGUUCUUUAUGAAUUUGUAAACAUUAUUUUCGAUGUGGUGUUUUCAUAUUUAGACAAAUUAAUAGCCCUUCCUUAAAAGUGUUUAGUUGUUUGUGAUAUGUUUAUAUGUAGAUAAAUAUCAAAAGCAGUUUAAAAAAAGUUGCACUAUUUUAUUACUUUUUAUAUAUUUGGGUGUAACAUUUUCCAAACAUAAAAUAGGUUUGUAAUACCAUGGGACAUUUAUUCAAUGGAGGGGAAACUUUAAAAGAAAUCGUAAAAGUUGUGGUUUUAUUCAUUUCCAUGUUUCAUUUGUGAUUCAUUGUUGCAGUACAACCAUUUCAUAUACUGUACAGUUUAGCUCAUUUUCCUCUUAAUAAAGGAUGUGAGAACAAA